AUGUUCUUUAGGGAGCUUUACUUCCAUCUUUCAUCUCCGGCAAUCAUUCGACGUGUUAAGCUUUAUGCUCAAGAUCCUAAAAAGCCUGCUUCUAGUAAUAAUUUGUUACACAAGCAAGGUGAUAGAUACGUUUCUUGGGAUCUUCGAGACCCUUAUUUGGCGGGUGAAGUUAACGAAUCGCCAAUUUUUCGUAUCAUGUUAUGUGAUUUGGCAAAUGAGGAGUAUUGUCAGGUUAGUUUUUCAUAUAUUUAAACUUUUUACUUUGUUAU